UUACUUGUAGUCCCACAAACCCAUUUGCCCAAAAAUCUGGAUAAAGUCGUCAUCUUUCUAGUUUCUAUCAAAAACAACCACCCAAUUACCCAUCACUCUUUUCUGGCUUAAUUUGCAAUGGAGAAAUCUGGGUAUGGCCGUGAUGGAGUUUUCAGGUCACUCAGGCCACCUCUGGUACUACCCAGAGACCCAAAUCUCACCAUGGUCUCUUUCCUCUUCAAAAACUCUUCUUCUUAUCCACACAAACCUGCCCUCAUUGAUGCCGAGUCCUCUGAAACCCUGUCCUUCUCCCAGCUCAAGUCAGUGGUCAUCAAGGUUGCACACGGCUUAAUCCAUCUGGGUAUUAAGAAAAACGACGUGGUUCUGAUUUUCGCUCCCAAUUCAAUCCAGUUUCCUAUUUGUUUCCUUGGAAUUAUUGCAAUUGGUGCCAUUGCAACCACUUCAAAUCCUCUCUACACUGUUUCAGAGCUUUCCAAGCAAGUCAAGGAUUCCAAUCCAAAACUGGUUAUAACUGUGCCUGAAUUGUGGGAAAAGGUGAAGGGUUUAAAUCUUCCAGCAGUGAUUCUAGGACCCAAAGGUUCAUCUUCCCAAAUUGAAUCCAGCUCAAGAAUUGUGGGUUUUCAUGAUUUGGUUCAGUUAUCUGGGCCUGUCUCGGAUUUCCCUAGUGUAAAUGUUAAGCAGACUGAUACUGCUGCGCUGUUGUACUCUUCGGGUACAACAGGCCUCAGCAAAGGUGUGAUUCUGACUCAUGGGAAUUUCAUUGCUUCCUCUCUGAUGAUCACACAAGAUCAAGAAGUGGCUGGAGAGAUGCACCAUGUGUUUCUUUGUGUGUUGCCAAUGUUCCAUGUGUUUGGAUUGGCCGUCAUCACUUACGCGCAGCUGCGAAAGGGAAACGCUGUGAUUUCGAUGUCCAGAUUCAAUCUGGAGAAGAUUUUGAUGACUGUUGAGAAGUUCAAGGUCACCCAUUUGUGGGUUGUGCCUCCUAUUAUACUUGCUCUGUCAAAGGACAGUGUGGUUAAGAAGUACAGUCUUUCAUCUUUGAAGCAUAUUGGGUCUGGUGCAGCUCCUCUGGGGAAAGAGUUGAUGGAGGAGUGUGCAAAAAUUAUUCCUCAAGGUGUAGUUGCUCAGGGUUAUGGUAUGACAGAAACCUGUGGAAUUGUUUCAGUUGAGAAUUCACUAGUAGGACCUCGACAUAGUGGUUCAGCUGGCACUCUUGUUUCUGGAGUUGAAUCUCAGAUAGUCAGUGUAGAUACACUGAAACCUCUCCCGCCAAAGCAGUUGGGGGAGAUAUGGGUUAGGGGGCCUAAUAUGAUGAUGGGUUAUUUUAACAACCCACAGGCCACCCAUCUAACUUUAGAUAAAAAUGGUUGGGUACAUACGGGAGAUCUUGGAUACUUUGAUGAAAGUGGCCAACUUUUUGUGGUUGACCGAAUUAAAGAACUCAUUAAGUAUAAAGGUUUUCAGGUAGCACCAGCUGAACUUGAAGGCCUGUUAGUUUCUCACCCUGAAAUAUUAGACGCCGUUGUCAUCCCAUUUCCUGAUGCUGAAGCUGGUGAGGUCCCUGUUGCAUAUGUUGUGCGCUCGCCAAACAGUUCACUGACCGAAGAAGAUAUCAAGAGUUUUAUAGCGAGUCAGGUUGCAUCUUUCAAAAGACUGCGACGAGUGACAUUCAUAAACACUGUCCCCAAGUCGGCAUCAGGAAAAAUCCUCAGAAAAGAGCUCAUCGAGAAAGUACGGUCCAAAAUAUAAGUAUAUAUUCCUCAUUCUCAUGUUUGUUAAUUAGAUGGAGACCAAGUCUACAGAGCACCCACAAUAUCGAACAUACUACACUUGCUUUAAAGUUGCAGGUGGUUCUUAUACUCAUUAUGGAAGAAGCUCAGCUCACAAUAAUUGUAGCUCAUAAUUCAAAAAGCAAUAUAGGACGGUCCUCCUGUCUUGAUUGUUUUACUUGGGUCCAAUGGGACCGGGACACAAACCGCUCCAAAUGAGACAUUUUGUACUCUAAUCUUUCAGUCUUUGGGAACACUCUCAACUUGUUAUUAUUUAUGAUUCUUUAACCUUUUAGAUCAAAUCA